CAUCAACCAGGUGCACCUCAGGUGGUACUUUACUCUUUGUUCUUUGUACACAGGUGACUCUGCGCAGUUGAUGGUGAAUGUUCUCACUGCAGAGAAUGUCACCAAGUUUGCUCAAGAGGCCAUGUCAUUGACACCACUAUCAUGCGAGUGGAGUGGCACUUGUGAAGCAGAACUGAACAGCUGGGGUGCAUUAAGAGAGGUGAGAGUUAUUUCCUUUACUUGGUGCUAUGGUACUCUACUAGCCAGAAAGUGUCGACAACUGACUUUAUGUUUGUACUGUGUUGAAUACUGCCCAUUGUUGCAUCCUCUCAAGUCCUAUUUGUAUGCACAUCAUGAUGCUGAUGUCUCUUUGAUCCAGCACACACAGCUUCAUCUGAGGCAUUUAAAAGAAGAGACAGACGGGAGCUACCGAUGUCGCCUUCCACGAUGUUCAUGUUUCUACCAUGCAACCAUGCAUGAUUUGAAAAAGCAUGUGGAGUCUGGGCAUCUUACCAGACUGCCAAUACCAUGUCCUGCAGCAGGUUGUCCCAUGUCAUUUGUGCACCAUGCCCUAUUUCCCCACUUUUCCCAAGUGCAUGGUGACUUAAUCAGCACUCCUGCUGCACAUAAGGCUGGCAAAUUGAAGGACAUGCGAACCCCAAGGCACCCUCCUCGAAGUCAGUUCUGGGAGGUGCCAUCAAAGCUACCUGCCGGACCCACCCCGUUGCACACCAUCAUGACAUUGCCCAUGGCUCGUUCCCGCCGGAAGGGAGUGCCAAGUCAAGCACCCACCGCUUCCCAGGCAAGACGGAAAUGGAACAAGAUGCGUGGCGAAGGAUACAUCGGCGAGGACGAUGACGAGGAGUCCGCACCAUUCGACACGUUGCACCUCCUGGACACAAAGGCCCUCCCCGACUUCGCCAAGUCUAUCAUCGUGCGUCGCAAGCCCCCAGAGCCAGUCCCACAGCUCUCCCGUCCGCCGCGCGUCGCCAUCCCACCCAUCCCCGAAAAGGCGCCCCCUGUCAGCUCCGGCUUCGGUGCAUUCCAGGAGAAGUACAGGGAGUUGGAGAAGGCAGGGCUCAUUGACGGAACGGGCGAGUGGCCGGACGACGACAACAAUGGUUCCCCAUUACCCACACAGCCUUCCACGCAACCAUCUGCAUGACCCACGACGGACCACGUUUCUUCCACCAUGCUCCAACUCACCGCUUUCGCAAUAGCACCCUGCUGUCGUCUACAACCACCAUCAUAUCCUACGUUCCAUUAAGUCUACCACUUAAAUUAGGCUAGCUUCACAGUGCGAAAACAAAAGAUCGUGUGACAGGCGACAGGCGACAUGCGAAGAAAGCAAGAGUUUAUGCGACAGGAAGGCGAGCAGAUGAGGCGAAGACGAAGCGAAGACACGAAUUGCGGAACGGGCCGGUUGCUCAAAGUCCUGCUUUGCCAAUUUGGUGGCCGUUCCGGCGCGCCUUCAGUUCAGCAAGAUAAUGAUGGGCACGGCCGAGCAUCCAGAUGGUGAACGAAAAUUUGAAGUUCGGGUACGCGAUCGUCACGCUUUUGUUGAAGAUGCCCUCCAUGGCUUCCUGGGACCACGAGCCAUCCUUUGGUA